UGGAGCAUUUCUGUCGCGUCACGUAAACAUCUUUGGCUCUUCACUUUAAAAGCUUUCACUCGGUUCCACUCGGCUUCACUCUAGAAGCCUGCGCGGCUGUCACGUGACUUCACGUGAAGCUCUGCUCACGUGCGAGCUGACCGACGUCAGCUAACGUAGCGAGCUAGCAUAAAACCUCCCGAGCCAACAACAACGACAAACAACAACAACAGCAACCUUUUAGGGGGGUGCGGUUGCCUCGUCGUGAGCGCGCGGGAGGUCGUUUGAAGGGGUUCGCUGGAUUCGGUUAAUUGAACUUUAUCGCUUAUUUGUUGAGUUUCCGGUAUCGUUGACUGAAGCUAACCGCUAGCAUCAUGGGAGCCGAGCAGAGCGGAGACGCGGAGCACAAACACUCCGACUACAGCUCUGCGGUGGUGCCGUCUCCAGCGAAGCAGAAAGCAAAGAUGGAUGACAUCGUCGUCGUGGCUCAGGGGACCCAGUCGAUGCGGAACAUCCACAACGACCCAGAUGUCAUCAAACUUCAAGAGAUACCCACAUUUCAGCCACUUUUAAAAGGCAUGCUGAGUGGCCAGACGUCGCCCAGCAGUGUUUGUCUGGAGCGGCUCGACGCGGCUCAGGUUCUGCAGCUCUGCCUCCGCUACCAGGACCACCUGCACCAGUGCGCCGAGGCCGUGGCCUUCGACCAGAAUGCCCUGGUGAAGAGGAUCAAAGAGAUGGACCUGUCCGUGGAAACCUUGUUCAGCAUCAUGCAGGAGCGGCAGAAGCGCUACGCCAAGUACGCCGAGCAGAUCCAGAAGGUCAACGAGAUGUCCAUGAUCCUGCGGCGCAUCCAGAUGGGCAUCGACCAGACGGUGCCGCUGAUGGAGCGCCUCAACAACAUGCUGCCGGAGAGCGAGCGCCUGGAGCCCUUCAGCAUGAGGCCCGACGGGGACUCUGCCAGCAGCAAGUAGUCGCCGCAGCGGGCCCUUCAGGGCCACGAGGAAGUGCAGGUCUGUCCAGCUGCGGGGGGGGGGGGGGGGUGGAGCUUGUAAAGAUGUUUGUUUUGUUUUCAGGGAGGUGUCAAUGUGUGAGCAUGUGACUUUAUACUUACCAUUGCAUAUUUUGCUCAACACACACACAUGCACACGCACGCACACACACACCUGACCACCUCACGAGCCCCGACUGCAAAGGGCUCGGAGGUCAUUACAUCUCUAUCUAACUGGCAACCUUCCAGGCACACACACCUUCCUCACCCUUCCCGGGGAACACACACACACACUUCUGAUGGAGUAAGAAUGAACUCCGUGUGUGUUUUUAAAAACUCGUCCUGCAGGACUCAAAUGUGUGCGAGUGGAUUUUUCUGGCGCAAACCUGCAGGAGCAUCAAGCCGCUCGCCUCCUGUUGGCGCCGUGGAUUGAUUAUGGAUUGAAUAUUUGUCUUCUGUGACCCUGAUAUUCCUCCCGCUCCCAGCAUGCAGAUGGACUGCUUUUAAUUUUUUCUGAACAAUAUCGUUUUUAUGCCAUUUUUUGGGAAUAUUAUGAUGGAGAGACUCGCGAGGGGAAAGAACCGGGACGGAUUAUCAGCUUUGGAUUACACGCGGGAAUGAAAUGAGAAAUAUCCUCAUGAACUAUUGUGAUGAAGACUUUUUAUUUAUUUGGAUUGUACAAAGGUGUGUUGAGUGUGUGUUGUCUGUGUGUGUCUCAUACGUGCCAAAGGGUCUCAAGUCCUCUGUUUUCCUAAACAAUAAAUAUGGCCAGUCAGUCACAGCUUCUGGUCUCUGAUGACGUGAACGUCACGGCUUCCUCUGCUGAAUAUUUGUUUCUGUAUCCUGAGCUCAGUAGGUUUAAGGUCAGUUCAACCAAAUUCUGAAAAAAUUCUCUUACAAGAUGCAUUUCAUCUGUUUUGGUUUCAUUUGUCCAGGAUUCUGACUGACAUCUUUUUACACUGAAAUAAAAUAAUUACAAGAAUUGACAAACAUC